UCACCCGCCGACCUCACCUUCUCCUUCCUUCAUCGUCGAAUCUCCUCACCUGACCGACUAAAAAAUGCAGCGACGGGCAUUCUUCUGAGCCCGCCGCCAUCGAUUUCACCCUUCUUCCUUCUACCACGCGAAGAUUUUCCCCCUCCUCCCUCGCGAUUUCUGCUCCCUCGCGAUUUUUGCUCCCUCGCGAUUUCUCGCGAUUUCUGCUUCUCUCUUUGCAUCGAUAACGACUUCGUGAAAAGGAUGGCGACGGGUCCACAUUCCAAAGGGACCACAGCCAACAGAUCGCAUUCCCCACCAGCAACAAUGGACGACAUGGUUGAGCUUACUCUGCAUCAUGGAGGCGCGAUGGAUAUGUCGGGGGGGGGGGGGUGUUCCACAGUACGUUUGGGGGGGGUUGUCGAUGUCGUCAAUGUGAAUCGUGAUGUCUUGUCCUACUUCGAAUUGACGAAGACUUUGAUUGAAGAUUUGGAAUAUAUUUCCGUCGAGAGGCUAUGGUACUUGACACCUGGGGAAAGUAUGGCGACAGGAUUGCAUGAAACUGUGUCGGAUGUGGAGGUUUUAACUGGGUUGCUGCCUUUGGUUGGAACUGGAGAUAUAAAGGUGCACUUUGAGGCAACAAGGGAUCUCGGAGAGCUAGGUUAUAUGGGAGACAAUUAUGGCCAUUUUCCUGAAGGGGAAGAUGCAUCUGGAGACAAUUCAGCUGCAACUGAGUUUGUUCGGCUAGACGAUGAUGAU